AUGCCUGAGGUCAAAAUACCCCAGCUUGUGGAUCUGCUGGAGGCAGCGGACAACAAAUUUAUCGAAUUGUUUCACUCCAUUCCGACCGUUCGCGUGGUUGCGCCAGGCAGAGUAAAUCUCAUUGGCGAACACACGGACUACAACGGGGGAUUUGUGCUACCAAUGGCUCUGCCAAUGGCCACCGUGAUGGUCUCGAGUCCCAGAAGGGAUACCGUCGACAGGGGUAUCUGUUGUAUCCACACCUUGGCUGAUCAAGAGGGUGAGAAUAACACGGUGACCUUCAAUGUUGGUAUACUCGAGAAAAAGGAGGCAGCGAAGGGUGAAAAAUGGGCCAGCUACAUUCGUGGCGUCAUCUCCACAUUCCAACAGCAUGGAGCACCCAAACCACCAGCAUUCAACGCCGUCAUCGUGACGAGUGUCCCUCUGGGUGGUGGUUUAUCGAGUUCGGCGUCGCUGGAAGUCGCGACACUGCUAACCUGCCAAAAACUCACCGCUUUUGACUCGUUUUCUUUGACCGAGUGCGCACUGAUUUGCCAACAAGCCGAGCACGAAUGGGCCAAUUCCCCAUGCGGUCUGAUGGACCAAUUGGUGUGCCUCGGUGGCCUACGGGAGCAUGCCCUUCUUAUCGACUGCCGAUCCAUGGAAUUCCAGCGUGUUAAAACCAACUUCGGGACAGAUGCAAAACUGGUAAUUGUGGAUAGUGGAGUCCACCACAAGAUUGCUGCAGGCCAAUACCGAAUUCGACGCAGCGAAUGCGAGGAGCUGGCGGCGCACUUCAAGGUGAAGACUCUCCGUGAUCUUCAGGACAGGCUUCCAGACUUAAACGACCUCUUUGAAGGCAAGCUGAAUCUGCAAGAUGAGGUGAACGAGGCACUGGCCGAGACGUCUGCUCGCCGUCUGCGCCACGUUCUGACAGAGAAUCAACGCGUGGUGGAUGCAGUUAAGGCCAUGUCUGCGGCGGAUUUUGUCGGUCUAGGCAAGCUGAUGCAUCAAAGCCACCUCUCGCUCAAGUGA